AUGCAAGCUUUUCAAAGAGCAGCUGAUAGGACUUUCGGCUCAGAAAACCAAGCUGGCCAGCCCGAGCCUCUGCCUAACCUCAUGGAGACUGGUUUCCUUAAAUUACAAGAAAUAUUUCAAUCCAAAUACACUCAUAAGAGAUCAUCUCGGUUUUGUUGGGGAAGUACUCUAUCUCAUGACAUUCCACAAGUAGGACCGGAUGCAGAUAACUUUGAUAAUCUCAAUCCGGCUGACAGUCCUCCUUCUGGUGAACAUCCAGAAGGAGAAAACCCGAUUGUAAAUGAACAAGAACAUGCACAAGAUCUAUCCAUGCUAUUUGGAAUAAUCCUCCCCGAAUUUUUAGAAUACUCUCUUUGA